UUCUGUUCCUAGAUUCAUUCAGGAGAUAGAGAUGAACAUGGGACCUAGCCAAGCCAAACAGUGCCAGCUCCGGGCCUUCCUCACCUACUACAUCAAUGACCUCUUCCUUAACCAGGUGCGGGCAGAAAUCAACAAGGAAAUCGAAGCAGUAAGUAAGGCUGCUGACCCCUUGAAAAUCCUCGCUACUGCCGAUACGAUGAAGGUCCUUGGCGUCCAGAGACCUCUGCUUCAGAGCACUGUGGUUGUGGAGAAGUCCAUCCAGGACCUCAUGAGCCUGAUGCAGGAUUUAAGUGCUUACUCCAACCAGUUCCUGGAGAUGGUCUGUGACAAACUCAAAGAAUACAAGGAAAUCUGCAACACAGCCUAUAGGGGGAUAGUCCAGUGUGAGGAAAAACUGACGAUCAGCGCUUCCUGGGCUAAAGAUGAGGACAUCACUCGUCUCCUCCAGUCCCUUCCAAACUGGGCGAACAUGGCGCUACCCAGACAGACAAGACAGAAAAGGGAAGAUGAAGAGGACUUUACACGCGCUGCUUUCGCUAAGGAGUCGGAGGUGCUGACGGGGAACCUGGGAGAUAAAUUAAUCCCUCAGAACGAGAUCCUGCGUGACGUCAGCGACCUCAAGGCUCUGGCCAACCUUCAUGAGAGCAUGGAGUGGCUUGCUGGUCGCCUUAAGGCGUUCUUCACCAACCUGCCUCAGGUGUCCAGUGCCUCUCCAUCCCCAGCAGACAGCCAGGUGCUUGGUGACGGCGAACGCAGCCGGGAGCAGAUUCUACUCACUCUGAGCGAUUUGUCUCGGGGGUUCCAAGAUAUUGCUGACCGUUGUCUCUUGGUUUUACAUCUGGAAGUCAGGGUGCAUUGUUUCCAUUACCUGAUACCCCUCACCAAGCAGGGAAACUAUGCCAUCGUAGCCAAUGUGGAAAGCAUGGACUACGACCCCCUGGUGGUCAAACUGAACAAGGACAUUUCAGCCAUAGAAGAAGCAAUGGGAGCUGCCUUGCAGCAGCACAAGUUCCAGUAUAUAUUUGAAGGUCUAGGCCAUCUCAUCUCCUGCAUUCUAAUCAAUGGGGCUCAAUACUUUAAGAGGAUCAGCGAGUCUGGCAUAAAAAAGAUGUGUAGAAACAUCUUUGUUCUCCAGCAGAACCUCACAAACAUCACCAUGUCCAGAGAGGCUGACCUCGAUUUUGCCAGGCAGUACUAUGAGAUGCUGUACAACACUCCAGAUGAGUUGCUGAACCUGGUGGUGGACCAGGGCGUUCGCUACACAGAGCUGGAGUACAUCAACGCCCUCUCUCUUCUCCAUCGCAGUCAGACGGGUGUAGGGGACAUGAGCACCCAAAACACCCGUCUCCAGAGGCUGAAGGAGAUCAUCUGCGAGCAGGCCGCCAUCAAACAGGCCACUAAGGACAAAAAGAUCACUACGGUGUAGCAAUAAAACAGAGGAUUACCCGGCCUGACAUUUUCUGUUCCAAUGUUUUGUUACUGAUGCAUUAAAUCUCUCAUAGAUUGUGUCAGACUUGAGAUUGUAAGAGUUUGUUUUAAAGUGCAUCCUUUGUCUUUUUUGCCUGAUGUGAUGAAAGGGGUUGUAGUUGAGAGCUGACACAGAUAUACAUCUUUCCUCCUGAAAUGGAGAUCAUAUUUAAGCUUAUGCCGCACUGACUCACUAUAAUUGGGAAGUUUGGUGACAGCCAACACAACUGCAAACUUUGCAAGUCUAGUCUCUCUAUCAAGUAUCAUCCAUUGUCAGUUUCCUCUUUUUUAAAAGACAUAAUAAAUCCUUGCCGCAUUCCGAACCUCCUAACAACACUCAGCUCUCCACAACAACAGCUCCAGUUAAAACGACACCAUCUUGGACAUUCACCUGAACUCCGGCCCUAUCUCGUCUCAUUUUCCUAUUAGAGCCCAAACCGGUGCUCUCAAUUACACCUCCAUCUCUCCUCUCCCGCCAGCCCCUCUGGGCUCACUGAUGCUGUCUGCAAUAACAGAUGCCAGAUUAGACUGUCUGAAUGAGGCCACAUCCUCCGCCUGCUGCCAAUUUAGUUUGGUCCCGAAAGAGUUCCCCAGCCGAGAAUUGUAUCAUAUCUGCAGUUGUCAAAAACUGUGUACUGGUCUGCCUUUUUUUAAGUUUCAGAAGUUAACUUGUGCAGCUGGAGCAGAGUAGAUUGCAACUUUUUUUUUUUAUAAAUAAUAUUGUUUGGAUAUAGUAUACCAGAGAUAGAAUGUCUUGCAAAAUGAUUAGCGUCCUUUAAACUUUUCCACCUUUUGUCACGUUACAAUCUCAAUUUUAAUGCAUUUUGUCAGCGAUUCUAAAUAUUUUAACAUUGUUUCUUGCAAAAUAACUUCAAUAGAGCGAUUUCUGACCAAAUACAGCCCUGCUGCGUGAUUCUGCCACCUCUAUGCUUCAUGGUUGUCUUGGUGAUUUGUCAUGGAUUUGUUUUUCUUUCUUUUUAACCUUAGAUUAACUGUUGCAUGCAGCAAAGAAAGCUAUAUUUUGGUCUAUGGGCAGAACACCUCCUCUUUUAUAUAUAUUUUUUAUUAUCUUUUUUUUUUCUUGGCACAUAUUUAAUAAACAAUAUUAAGCAUGUCAACAGAUUCUACCUCCUGAUCUCAGGAUUGCUGCAUCUUCUCCAAAGUUACAUAAUAACCUGAUAAAAUAAAACAAAAUUUGCGGUUGUAACAUGAGAUUAUGGGAUGAAAAGUUUAAUGGGUGUAAUUAUUUUUCACUUUAUAUGCAGAUGUUUUUAAAUGCAUCCUCUGCAGUCCUAUUAUAAAGGGAUAUGGCUUUCUCUUUAAAUCACUAAAAAUAAACCAAACACUAUAGACAAGAGAGAAGAUCCCAAGUUGUUUCCCCACCCUGUUUUCUGUUCAUUAACUUGGCAAAGAAGUAUUUAACGAGUGUAGGAGAGAGAAAUGGGAGCCUUGUCAAUACGGCGGUCCCACCACAGGUCUACUUGAAGCCCACAGAGCAAUCCAUCAUAGUGACACACAGUCUGGAAUCGAUGGGGAAACAACGAUGGAGCUGCUGAGUGGUUCGCCUACUCCUCUGUAAUGCACACUUGGUGCAAAAUUCAAGAUGUGCUCAUUCAUUUGUUCACUCCAGAGCUGGUGCUGAAAGGUUAUACAAAAGGGAAUUUUAAUACAAUGUUCCCCAACUGUGUCAUGCUUCUUAUGUAGGCUAUUAGACCUCCAUCACACUGGAUGGCUGAUCUUUUCGUCAUGCUUAUUCCUUUUUGUUUUUUUUUGUUUUUUUACACUAUGUUGUGCAUCGCAUAUUUUCCUUACAAUGCACUCUAGUUUUGCACAUUUAUUGAAUCUUAUUAAAUGAUUUUUACACAUAUUCUGUUCUUUUUUCCUUAAAAAUAAUCUCAGAUUAGUCUGCUUGAAACAAACCCUUUGUGAUUUGUCAGUGCGUAUGGUAAUAAAUAUCUG